AUGGUUGACCUCGAAGAAUGGGGAGAGCGAUUCAAUAGCUUUUUAGAGACAGACAGACAUAGACACACAGAAGAUAUACUUCUUAUUUUAUACUAUUUAAUCAACCAAGCAUCUUUUAGUAGUGUUGUUCAUAAAAUGAUGAAAUCAAUGAUUAUAUUAAUUAUAACAACAUUGUUAUUAACAAUUGUUAAUGCACAAUGCCCAGGCAAUCCAACUGGUAUUCCAGUAUACACAGAGUCUGCAAUCUAUUUGAAUGCAACCACUAAUGGCAAGCUCUAUGUGACUGGACCAGCAGACAACCAAGUCAACAUUCUCCAAGUGUACGGCACUGCCUACGAGCGUGGUUAUGCUCACGGUGUCUUGUUGCGUGGCGAGGCCCAAGAGAUCUAUGCUGUCUUUUUCGAGUUUGUCACCGACAUGGUCAACGAGCUCGUCGAAAAGUACGCCAAGUUCAUCCCAUUGUGGUUGGUCGAUUUGAUUGAGCGUGCUGGCAUUGGCGCUGCUCUCGACAUUACAGCCGACCUCACCAAAAAGUACACACCCCAACACUUUUUCGACGAGAUGCGUGGACUUGCCGACGGCUCUGGUCUGCCCUACCAAACCGUUCUCCGUCUCCACAUGUUCCCCGAGUUGAUCAAGGCCGCCUGCUCGAUGGUCGGAGCCUGGGGUGACGCAUCGAUCGACGGUAACCUCUACCAACUACGUGCUUUGGACUUUAAGCCAGAGACACCACUCCGUCUGCAUCCAGUGGUCAUCGUGUCGCAUCCAACCGACGGUGGAGACACUUUUGCCACCUUGUCGUGGGCUGGUUUCCUCGGUGCCUUGACUGGAUACUCUCAACGUAUGGGUAUCUGUGAAAAGUACUGGUUUGCCUACAACGGCACUUCCUCGCGUGAGGGAUACCCAUGGCACUUCCUCUUGCGUGACAUCCUCCAAUUUGACAACAACCCAGACGAGGCUCUCACCCGUAUCAUCAACGCCGAACGUACCUGCUCCAUCUAUGUCGGUCUCGGUACCAACGCCACCAACGAUUUCCGUGCCGUCGAGUACUCUCACCAAGUUGUCCGUGUCUUUGACGACCAAACCCCAUUCCCAGCCUUUGCUCCACCAUCGGCCGCACAUCCACUCAUCAAGGACGUCGUCUACAUUGACAAGCACGUUCAACCUUCCAACGACCCAUGUAUCGGCAGCGUACUCCAAAAGAAUCACGGUCAAAUCAACGUGCAAACCUACAUUGAUCUCACCGCCCAAGAGCAAACUGGUGAUCUCCACAUUGCCAUCUACGACUUUGCCGCCAACCAAAUGUUUGUUUCCGUAGCCACCCAACAAGGUCCAUACCCACCACCUGCCAAUUUUACUCUUGUCCCAGCCUAUGCAAGACAAUUCCUUCAAAUUGAUUUAGAAUAUUUCUUUAAUGAAUCAAUUUAA